CCCCACCUGUCCCCCGAGUCCGCAGCCUCCGAGCCUGGAUCCGCAGCAGCAGCCGGAGCCAGAGGAGCGAGUCUGGCUGGCGCCAUGGCCUGCGCGGGGCUGCUCACCGUGUGCCUGGUCCGGCCGCCCUCGCCCCGCACUCCGCGGACCCCCGCAGUGUCCGCCGGACACGCGCUCUUCCAGGAUGUCUUCCGCAGAGCAGACAAGAAUGAUGAUGGGAAGCUCUCCUUUGAGGAAUUCCAGAAUUAUUUUGCUGACGGGGUUCUCAGCCCAAGGGAGCUGCAGGAGCUGUUCAGUGGCAUCGAUGGGCAGCCCACAGACAACUUGGAAACAGAGAAACUUUGUGACUAUUUCUCUGAACACCUGGGACUCUACCGGCCUGUGUUGGCUGCCUUGGAGUCACUGAACUGUGCUGUGCUCACGGCCAUGGACGCCACCAAGCUGGAAUAUGAACGAGCUUCCAAAGUGGACCAAUUUGUGACACGCUUCCUCCUUCGGGAGACAGUGAGCCAGCUUCAGGCCCUGCAGAACUCACUGGAGGGGGCUGCUGAGACACUGGAGGCCCAAGCUCGUGGGUCCAGGUCAGAGGAAGAGAAUGUGGAGGUGCAAAGCAGGCCCCGUGGCAGUCGGCGGGCAGUGCGCAAGGCCCUACAGAGCGCCAGUUGGUCCCCCAGUGGGACAGGCUCCUGUGACACAGGGCAGAGCUCAGAAGCCGAAAUGAAGUGGCGGCUCCAGAUCAAUCGCCUCCAGGAGCUCAUUGACCAGCUUGAAUGCAAGGCCCCCCGGCUGGAGCCCUUGCACGAGGAGGAACUUCUCAAGGGACCCGCCUCUCACAUUCUUGUGGCCCAGAGGCAGGUGCAAGUGGCAGAGGCAGCCCUGCAGGACUUCCACCGCGCCCUGAGCUGCUACAUGGAUUUCACGGGCGCCCAGAGCCACUGUCUGCAUGUGUCAGCUCAGAGGAUGUCAGAGAAUGCCUCCUACGCCUUGUACGAGUUCUGGCAAGAUGAGGCGUCCUGGAGAAGGCACCAGCAGUCAGCCUGCAGCAAGACCUUCCAGCGCAUCCUCAUCGACCACCUGCGGGCCCCGGACACUCUCACGACUGUGUUCUUCCCAGGUAUAACGUGUCCUCAGCCUCUGCAGCCUGUGAUCUGGGGCUGACAUGAGUUCCUAAAGGCCUCUGACCCCUAACCUCUGACCCCCAGCCUCCUGGUGGAUUAUGAAUAAUAACUGAGCCUGAUCUGUAUAAGCCGAGGACCCUGGGCCCCGCCUGCCUCCUCUGAAGCUUCUGGACUGGUCACCUGAGCACUGAGACCAUGGAUGCUGCUGCCUCUGAGCCGCCCUGUGCUUGGCUCUCAGAGACAUAGUGGGCGUAGCAGGGAGAGUAUCAGCUGGGGCCUAUGGCUGGUUAUUGUCUACUUCUUUAUCUGUAUUGUUUGAUGUGUUUAUGUUGUGUGUGUGUGUGUGUGUGUGUGUCUGAACUCUGGGCUCUCUGGCUUCUGCCUGGCUCAGGAGACCUGGAUUCUGGUGUCCUUGGCCUGCUGAGUGACCCGUGACUGGCCUCUUUCCCAUCUGGACUGGACAGGCUUUAGGCCUGGUGACUACCUUUUCUGCUAUCUUGAGGCCAGGCUUCUGCUCUUCCUCAGUCAACAGCAGAAUGAGGCUGAAGCUCAGGAACACCUCCUCUCCCGACCUCAACCCUCGAGGCUGGGCAGGGUCCAUCAGCUGUGAGGGGUAAGGAUCCUGGCCCUGGCCCUGCCAGGCCUAUCGGCGCCACAGACUCAGAGAAUCGAGACUGCUGGAUUCUGAAAGCACUGGUGGAUCCUGGGUUGGCUUGCAUGUACUUUGCAUAAUACUUGCAUGUCCAUGUCCACCCAUACUCAGGGCACUGUGGGAUGCCUCAAGGUGACCUUGCCAAGUAGCAAUAAUUUGGGCCCAGAGUAGUCACCUGCUGCCCCUAAAUACCUCUAAACCCAACCCAGGAUCCUCACCCAGAGACAAUAAAAAUAGUGGUCAACUUUG